UGUUGAGUCUAUGGAGGUCCUGUAAUGAAUUCAAUUCUGUUAAAGCAAGUUGAGGGGUGUGUUUUCGUAAUGGCGUCUCAUCAGAUUCGAAUUCAUCAUGCCAAGGCCACUGAUUUUUAUCUUAGAGUCAGGAGCAGGCCCAUAAUCGAGGACAAUAGUGGUGUGAGGUUUCCUUCUUAUUAAAUUUUGUGCUAUAAUUAUGUGCUUGUGGUGGUAGCCAAGUGAGUUCUAAUUCUGAUAUUAACUACAGAAGCUACAAAUCUAGAGACUUUGUUCCUUUAUAUGUCAGUAAAAUGGGGCCGUUUCAAAAUCCCAGUGAAACAUACCACUAUUUUGAUCUUCCAUUCUGUAAACCAGCGGAAGCAAUUUCAUUGGGUACUUCAACUUUAUGGGUGACACAUGGUAAAACAUUUGAGACAUGGAUUUGUCCGCUUGCCCAUUUGCUUUGUGGCUAUUGCACAGAUGUAAUUCUAAGAUUAUGCCAGGAGAUUGUGUUUUUGAAAGUUGAAGUUGUAGAGCUUCUAUUACCAAGUAUUUUUGUAAACCUAGCCAGGAGGAGAGACUUAGAUAUUGAUAUUCAACAAUUGAUAUCCUUGCAGGUGUUUUGGCUUUCUAUUGAUUAUCUUGCAGUUGCAAAGUCCGCAGUUUUACCUCAACAUAUUGAGAUACUUAUCUCAGCAGUCACUCAUAUCAAUGAACCUAACAGCUUAUAUGGGAUCAUUCUGUCCAACAAGGUAAGUAAUACAUGUAUACUUAGCUUUGAAUUGUAGUUAAAGGUAAGUAAUACAACUGAACAAGCUUUGCUAUAAUAG